AUGGAGGAGGAAGAAAAGAUCCAUACUGGGGCUACGCAUUGUGCCAUGGAUGCAUUUGAGGAAGGCCUUAGGGAGAGCAUAUCAGAUACUGGUGGACUUGUUUUACAUGUAUCCGAUGAUUAUAAGGUUUUAGCCAUUUGUAUGGAGAGGAAUGAUCGAAAUGUCGAAAAAGCUCUACUAUACAGUUUGAAAACGGAUGCCUGGGUGAACAUACCGAGCCCGCCAUGGCAGUUGAAUCAAUUUUGUAUGAGCCCCCGACCUGCUAUCUUGGCUGACAACUCCUUCCAUUGGAUGAAUCCUUUGUUGUUUACAGGAAUAAGGUGUUUCGAUCUUUUCACUCAAAGGUAUUACCAGAUACCCCAUCCGGUAAAGAGAGAGAUAAACUAUACCAACUGUGAAGAUGACUCAGAAUUGACCAUUUUAGAAGGACAGUUGUGUAUCGUAACAUAUACUUUGGAGAUAUGGGUAUUAAACAAGAAGAAGAUAUCUUGGACUCGAAUUUUUCAUCAUCUCUCGGGGCAAUUGAAACAUGUUGAUUUUCAUCAUGCUAAAAUAUAUAAUUUGGGUUUCCGAGAUGAACGACGCAGUAUCAUAUUAGCAAUAGCUGACCGUACAAGAGCUCUACAAAAGGUUUUCAUCUGCUGUGAUCUACAAUCCAAACAAGCUAGGGAGAUCGAAGCCACAAAUUUACCAGAUGGUACCGAAAGGAUCAUUUCCUUUCAUCCUUGGGUCGAUUCGCUUGUCCCGUUGUAUUAG